AUGAAUUGGAGUGCCUCACCUUUUGAAUCAUUAUAUAAUUCUAUUGAGGGCGGGAAAAUAGAUGAAGAAUUAUUGAAUACUUUACUUCCUGAUCUUGAAUCUUUAAACCUCAAUGGUGAUAAAGUGAAAAAUGCUACUAGUCGAUCCAAACUUGAGGCCGAUGAGGUCCUAUUACCAGAUGGUAAUGUAUACAAUCUGAGUAAAAAUUUUAUUUAUGCGGCAAUUCAACUAUCAGAUGCUAUGAACCUCGACGAAUUAAUCUGUUGCCAAUUGAUUGUCUCCAGUUUACCAGAUUUGGAUGCUCUUAAUAGCAUCAGUAACAGUAUUGUAUCUUUAGUCAGAAAUGGUAAAGUUCAAUAUUUUAUUAGAAGACAGUACAUCUUACAAAUCGUUGCAUAUAUUGUCAAUUGUCCUCAUUCAACCGAUAAAGUAUAUCAAAAUUUAACAAGGAGUAAUACCCUGACAAAAAAUGUAUUACCGUCCUUUAAUGCAAUCCAUACACAAUUAUCUGAAAUUAAACAAACAAUAAAUAAAGCCCAAAUAUUGGAAACUUACGAUGUCCUGUUUCAACAGGAUGUAAAAUUUAAACGUGAUUUUUUAUUGAAGGAAUACGAUACUUUAAGUCAAAUAUUAUAUGGAUUAGUUGAAAGAGGUCAUUUCAAUAGUAAAGAUGGCAUUCUCCAAAUCAUACAACAUACAGCAGAACUUGAUUCAAAUGAUUUCUUUGUUGUUUACUAUUUAUCCUCGAUUUUCCAUGCAUUUAGAAAUUUAGAUAGAUUCUCUGAUAAUGACGUGUUUGCACUUCAUAAACACUUUUUGCAAGAACUAAAGACAGAAUCCAUUUAUAAAAAGCCUAUUAAAGUUUCGAUAACAUUUGUGUUUCUUUCGUUUUUUAUUAUAUGGUGUAAAGAAGUUCCAGAAUCUAGGACAAAAACUAUUGAUUUCAAAACUGAUAUAGAUGAACCAAUGACAUCGGCAGUUGAAUUAGGCGCAAUUGAACAGUUACUAAUCUUUUCCGCUGAUACUUCGAUUAUAGAAAGAAACAAGAGUAUUGAAUUGUAUUAUAAUAUGAGAUUACUCUUAGAAAGACAUAUUCCAAGGUUAAUUCCAAAGCAACUAAUUGAUAAUGAGGCUGCCUAUAUUGAUAACACAACUGUAGGCAAUAUUAUGACGAAUCCUAUUAUGAGAAACGGUAAUAUAAAUACUAACCAUACCACAGGAACUGGUAACGAUAACUUACUAUCAAAAACAAAAUAUCAGUUUCAUGAAAUACAGAUGUCUCAGGCUACCAACGACCUGUUUGCGUCUACUUUCCAUUCAGUUCUACAAACUAUCAUAAAUGAUUGCGCUUUCUUACUUACAAAGAUAAAAGAUGCAGAAGAGGAUUCAUUAAUGUCUGGUGAAGAUCUAAAUUUAGAUGAUAUAUGUGUCAAGGCAGAUUUAGAGAGAUUUUUUUUAGCAAUCCAUUAUUUCUAUGCUGCAAGACCAGAAUAUUCUGAGGAAUUUUGGAAUGACAAGGAAUCUAAUACAUACGGUUUUAUUGAAUGGGCUUCUAAAAGUAAAGAUAUAUUGAUAAGAUCUUGUUUUUAUCUCAUGAUAGCAAGUUUGUCCUUUGGAUCUAAGAAUGUUCUCGAUGUUUUCCACUACUUUGGGGAAAAUAAUAGUGUUUCUUGGACAUUGAUUGCUACCUGUAUUAAAGACUACGUCAUUAAAAUUAGUGGUUUAGGAAAUGUCAUACAGGAGAGACAACGACUACAGGAUACAUCGGAAAUAAAUAAUGCGGAGGUUGCAUUAGAAGAAGGUUUAAAUGAAGAAACUAUUGUUUUUCUUUCGUCACUUUUCACACUUAUUAGUUCAGUAGCAUCUGAAGUAGAUGAAGACAUUAAACAAAAUUUAUCAAAUUUAUUUACUGAUGUACUAUUUGAAUUUUCAAAACUUGAAACACCAUUGGUAGGGGCCUGUUUUAAGACCCUGAGUUACUUGGUCCCAAAAGAAACAUCGGCGAGAUCGAAAUUCUGGUUCUCACUAGAUUCUCUGAUUUUCAAAUCCUACAGUCUAACAAGCUCUAGUGAGUCCUAUCGUGCUGCAUUUGGUUCUUUCUUGACAAAUUUUACAGAAGUACAAGGCUUUUUACAUCUGUUAGAUAAAUUGAUGCUAAUAAAUGAUGGUUCUCAAAAUUCAGAAUUUUUGAAAUUUGGGACUCUACAAUAUCCAAGUAAAUUGGGGCAAUCUUAUAGAAAGGCAGGUAUUUGGCCUUAUUUUGAUUACAUUUUAAAUGACGUAUUUUAUCCUUCCACACGUAUCGAGAACGAACAUAAAAGAAGAACCAUUUAUAAACCAAUUUUGAACAUUAUCAAAAGCGCCCUUUUCUCAUUUGAUUAUUCAGUCAUCUUAAAUUCAAGUCCUGCAGGUGCUGAUCUAGAUAAAUUGGUCGUAUCUGAAAAUUUUUCUACCUACGUACAAGAAACAUCCGCACCAGCUAUGUUUAACUAUUUAUUCACUGAUAAGGUGUACAAACCCAUCCUAAAUAUUAUUACGUUUGGUAUUGACCAGCUUUCGAUUGAUUUAGAAGGUGGUGAUGAUCAAUUGCACCUUAUUGAACUAGCGGUCACUAUUUUGGACACAAUUCUGGAAUACCAGAAUACAUAUAUUGAAGAAUUUGUUCCUAUAUUUAAAAAACAAAGGAAGGAUGUGUUCUUUGCUCCAAAAGAUGUCGGUCUCCAUGGCCUGCGUAAUUUCUAUGACGCUCUGUUUUUUAAUUUAACAACCAUUGCUCAUCUAGGAUUAUAUGUAGGUGUUGAACAUCACGAAUUGGCAGCCAGGUCUCUAUCUGUAUUAGAUAAGCUUACGAUGUCUUCAAACGCUGCACUACCUGAAUAUUCAAUCGAUGAGAAAGUUUUAACCAUUCUCGAUUCGGUUGACGAAUCCUCCAGAAUAAAAGAUGCUUUUAUGACCCAAAUUGAUACAUCAAUUAGUUCUGGAUAUAAUUUGGAAUUGAAAAUAAAGAUUUUGAAAUAUUUAUCGUCGAGACUUUCUUACUCAAGUGAUAAAGUUACUGUGAGUCACUUACUUCUGGGAUUCCAAGUUUCUAAUGUUAUUUCAGACGGACCCAAUUUAUCCACAUUUAUAAGUUCUGGUGUUUCUCUACUGGAUUCAGUUACCACCUUGUUAGUUAGUUCUUUAAAUUUAUUAACGAGAAGAACAAUUGAUUUCGCUCCAAUGAGACUAGCAUGUCUGAGUAUUGAGAUACUGCUGAAACUUUGUCGAAACCCUAUGACAUCUGAUAUUGUAUUCAGCCACCUGGAGAAAAUGGAACUUUUUUCAUGUUUAAUAAAGCUGGAUCCAGAUGUAACAAAAUACACGUUAUUUAACGGACGCAUCUUUGAUGACAAGGCAAGUAUGAACGGCAAGGCAUUUUUGAAUAGUAAAUCUAUGGGGUCAUUGCUAUCAUUUUUAUGUUACAAAACCUAUGUGAUACAACUUUUGAGUCAAUUUAUUCAUAGAGUAUCGUUUACCGGUACAGAAUCUCAAGUCGCUUCAUAUGUAUCCAAGUUAAUUUCUAAUACCAUUUAUUCUGCAAAAAUAUUUUCAUUUUUUGAUACUUUAAACUAUCCAAGAAUCUCUAUGGAGAAAGAAUCCUCUGACUUGGUAAACGCAUUUUCCGAUCUCACAAUUAAUUUGGCUACCAUAACCUUCAAAGAUGUCUGUGACGAUGAGGUUUUCGACUUUUCUUCAGUAGAAUCGCUAGCAAAACUAUUUAUUGAAUCAAGGGUUCCACCUCAAUCAACAAGCAUGAUUCUAAGCCAAACUGCACCUGACCCAAGAAAGAAAUUUUUGGAAGAUUCUGAGAAAGAACUGCAUUUAGUUAAGAAAAAUGUCACUGGUUUACUAUAUAACAAGCUAUCGGAGGAAUAUCAAUUAUCCAUUUUACAUUCCUGGGUUCAGUUAGUUCAAAUAAUAGUCACUGAUGGAAAAUUGGAUUCUGUAUCAAGAUCAAAGUUUAUUUUAGAAGUUUUCACAGCAGUUGUUCCAAAACUUAAUGACUAUGUUGAGUUUGAUAUAUCCUUUGCAGAAGAGCUUGUCUCUUUAGUUGUGUUCUUAUACGAAGUUUAUGAUAAAGAUAGAUUACUUAUUGGCCAACAGGAGGAAUUAGAUUUCCGUCUAUCAGACAUUUUCAAGCUAUGUAUUCAUGGUAUCCUAUCCCCAAUGACGUCUGUUCCCUUAAGAUCUGAUUUUUACACUUUAACGAAUCAAUAUUUGGUACGUGUGCUAAAAGAUAAACAUGUAGCCAAAGGUGUUUUACAGACGCUACGCAUGAGUUGCGAACAAUUUAUACAGAUUGUUUGUAAUGAUGCUAUAUACGGUCAGGAGACCAACAGGAUUACAAGUAUUUUGUUACUAGACUCCUUAGUUCAAAUAGGUAGCAUAACGCCCGAGAAUUUCAUUCUGGACUCCCUUACAAAGAGUGCACAACUUCACUUGAUUAUUCGUUCAUUGAAGAAUAUAGAUAACAUGUUGGACUCUGCUCCUUACCAAAUCAGUAUUGAUGAUUUAUUAUAUGAAUUAACUGCCUUCAAAACAACAGUAUUCUUUUUAAUCAGAAUUGCCGAAACGAGAACGGGAGCAAAGGCAUUGGUAGAGAAUAAACUAUUCCAAGUUAUUGAAAGUUGCUCUUUCUUGAGAAUCGAUCCAGAUCUUGGAAUGAAUUUGGUAUUUGAUGAGGUUCAAAUAAACAAUUCAAGUGUUGCAAAAAUCAAUAUAAGUUUGGACAAUCAUUUGGUUCUUGAGGAUGCAUCGAAUUGUGUAUCCCUAUUCGAAUUGAUUUCUCCAAUAUUCCAAUUAUUGUGCUGUGUUUUGGUGAGUUCGGGUGAUCAAAAUAAAAAUGUCAUAUUAAGUACCAAGAAACUGUUGAUAGCAUUCAAAAAAUUAUUGAUCGGUAUAUUCAAACGAGAUGCACUAAGCGAAGCUGAAAUACACGACAACAAGGGCUUUUCAUCCGAUUCUCUUAAACUCCUAGUGAAAUUAUCAGUCAUCUUAUGCACGCUGACCGGUUAUCGGGGAGAAGAUAACAACAUAUCUUUUUGA